ACAACCAGUUUGGCAAGUGAAAAAAAUUCCAUUAUUCAUAAAAGAGAAACUGUGAGGACAUUGGAAUUCAUUAUCAUUUGCAUAUCCAUCUCUGCUAUAAGCAGAGGGGACUUGAAGUAGAUGAAAACUUUGCGUUCUGAGGAGAAUCCUAGCUGCUGCAUCUAAAGGGUAAGAGCCUCUUAUGCUAGCCAACACCACAAAGAAUUGUGCAAGGUCAUCAACUGGAGUAUGGGCAACCUACAUGGGACCAAAUCCCUAAAAAAAAAAAUGACUGCCUCACCUCAAAGGGAUAACAAAAAGAAACUUCCCCAGAUGUGUAAAGUCAACAUGGAGGAUCACUGUGGUCUAAUCACUGGUGACAUGGAGCCAGUACCACUGAAGAGCAUCUCAGUAACCUUGUCCAUUAAUGACUUUGUGGCUGGUGUGUCUGCAACCUUCAAUUAUGUAAAUGAGGAAGAAGUCCCAGUAGAGGCCAUCUUUGUAUUCCCCAUGGAUGAAGACUCUGCUGUCUACAGCUUUGAAGCUUUGGUGGAUGGGAAGAAAAUUGUGGCAGAACUGCAGGAGAAGGUGCAGGCCCAGAGAAACUAUGAGAAUGCCAUCUCCCAGGGCCACCAAGCUUACUUAUUGGAAGAGGAUGACUACUCCAGGGAUGUCUUUUCUUGCAAUAUUGGGAACCUCCAGCCUGGGGCUAAGGUGGGAGUUACGCUGAGGUAUGUGCAGGAACUGCCUCUGGAAACAGAUGGUGCCCUGCGCUAUGUGCUCCCAGCAAUCUUGAAUCCAAGAUACCAACUCUCUGAACAGUCAGCAAACAGUUGUUUGAAUAUAAAGACACCCAUAGUCGCUUUGGAGGACCUGCCCUACACACUCAGCAUGGUUGCCACCAUCACUUCUCAGCAUGGCAUUGAGAGGGUCCAAUCCAACUGUUCCUUGAGUCCUAUUCAGUACCUAGGUCAUGACAAGACUUCUGCUCAGGUUUCCUUGGCUGAAGGACACAAGUUUGACCAGGAUGUGGAACUCCUGAUUUACUACAGUGAAGUGCACAGCCCCAGUGUAGCUGUGGAGAUGGGGAUGCAGGACAUGAAGCCAGGAUCAUUGAAGUCCCAAUCUGAUAAAAUGUCAUCCUUUACAUGGUGUGAUGACUUUACAUUCUCAGAUAAGUAUAGUUUGAUGGGUUCUCCUUCUGCAAUGGUGAGCUUCUAUCCAGAUCUCCCAGAAGUGGAGUGCUCAAGGGCCUGUGGAGAAUUUGUAUUCCUCAUGGACUGCUCUGGAAGUAUGGGAUCCCGCUUGAGCUACCGGAAUGAUUCUCAGCUACGCAUAGAGGCUGCCAAGGAAACUCUGUUGCUGUUGCUGAAGAGUUUACCUAUGGGUUGUUAUUUCAACAUCUAUCGAUUUGGAUCUUCUUAUGAAAAAUUCUUUCCGGAGAGUGUGAAAUACACUCAGGAAACAAUGGAAGAGUCAAUGAAAAGAGUGAAGCAUCUGAGAGCUGACCUAGGGGGCACUGAAAUCUUAACACCACUCCUCAACAUUUACAAGGGACCCUCCAUUCCUGGUCAUCCCUUACAGGUCUUUGUCUUCACAGAUGGAGAAGUUAAUGGCACAUUUAGGGUCAUUAAUGAAGUUAAGUUAAACAGCAAGAAGCACAGAUGUUUCUCAUUUGGUAUUGGAGAAGGAGCCUCCACCAGUUUAAUCAAAGGCAUCGCACGGGUAUCAGGGGGCACUGCAGAGUUUAUCACAGGCAAGGACAGGAUGCAGACCAAGGCUCUUGCAUCUCUGAAGUGUGCUCUAAACUGUUCUGUGGAAGACAUCUCUCUGAGCUGGGAUUUUCCCCCUGGUCUGUCUGCUAGCAUGCUUUCUCCAGAGAAGACUGUCAUGUUUAAGGGUCAGAGAUUAAUCAUCUAUGCCCAACUCACUGGGACUAUGCCUCAAGUGGAGAGCUCAGGAGAAGUGUGCCUCAAGUAUACCCUCCAAGGCAAGAGUCUGGAAAACAGGGUGACAUUUUCCCUACAACCCAAGACAAAUGCCAGCUUCACCAUUCAUCGGUUGGCUGCAAAGUCCUUGAUUCAGAUGAAGGACUUGGGCUCCCAUGAGACAUCAGAUGGAGAAAAGGAGGAUGUGUUGAACAUGAGCAUUCAGUCUGGAGUCCUCAGCUCCUUCACAGCUUUCAUUGCUGUAAGGAGUGAUCUCACCCAGCCAGUGCAGGGGCCUUUGGCUCCCAGAGUGAUUCCAAGGCCAAUGACUUUUUCAAAUUUGCCUAUCAUAUGUCCAUAUAGCACUGGCUACAGGUCAUCAUAUCACUCAGGAAUGUUACUAGGUGGAGUACUUUCUAAACAUAAUGUGUCAGCACAUCGUUCAGUGUAUGAUGGUGAAAUGUUAAAUGCCUGUCUUUCAUAUGAUAGUAUAGAAGAUACAGAAUCCAUGAGUGUGAUGGAAUACUCACAAUCCUCCACCAAGGAAACCAACUUGCAAAAUGACCACAAAGUUUGUGGAGAAAAUGUCCUUCUGCACCUGGUUUCCCUCCAAAAGGCAAAUGGAUCCUGGGAGCUGGAUGAGGAACUGACUGAGAUCCUGGGCACUAAUUUGGAAGACAUGAAGGCUGCAAAUCCUGCCAAGGAUCAGGACCCCUCAGUCUGGGCCACAGUGCUGGCUGUGCUCUGGCUGCAUGCCAAUGGCAAAGACUUGAAGUGGCUGGGGGAACUUCUGGAAAGGAAGGCAGUGGCCUGGCUCCAUGACCAUGCAGAAAGACUAAAGAAGACUCAGAACAAGAAAUGGGGCAAAUCCAGGGUACUGCAGGAAGCUGAAUCAGACUCCUCCAUCCCCAUGCUAGUGCAAGCUGCCAAGAGUUUCCUGGAAUUGUCUGUGACUCCUGAUGACCUUGUCUUCUGAGAGUGUAACAAAUGAAGCAACAGCAUUGCCUCACUAUGACUAAGUCCUUCCCGUUUUCCUUAUCUGAAAUAGCAUUUGGAUUUUAUCUUAACCUUUUUUCUUUUUUUCUGGUAACAAUAAAGGCUCUCUGCCCUGGCUUGCUUAUCUAUUCCAGAUUCCAUUGGAUUUGAUCUAGUGUCUGCAUCAUUUCCUCAGUGAGAAGUUAUUGUUCUCUCCCAUCAUGUCAUGCACAGAAUGACAUUGAAGAUUUAUAGAGAAAUUACAGUAAAAUAAUUCGCAUGAAAUCUUGAGUAAACACUGCAACAUCGA